CUCGUGUGUUUUGUUCCUUAUUAAAUAUUAUAUUCUCUUUAUUACUAUUUUGACACAUGCCAUCGGAUUUACUGAUUGUUUAUAACUGAAUGAGCUUGUAGACAGGCCUAGGCUAGAGGCUAGCCUUAGUUUAAAUACCGGUAGCCACAUUUUCAAAAUGCCAUCUAGAAGAAUAUAUUUCUGUGGAAGUAUCCGAGGAGGAAGACAGGACCGUGAGUUGUAUGAACGACUCAUUAAAGAUUUAAAACAGUACGGUGAAGUCCUCACAGAACACAUCGCUGACAAAGGUAUUUUGGAAAAAGAACAAUUAGAUGACAAAGGAAUACAUGACAGGGAUAUGGAUUGGCUGAUAUCAAGUGAUGUUAUUGUUGCCGAGGUGACUCAGCCGUCACUGGGUGUAGGGUAUGAAAUCGGAAGAGCUGUUUCACUUAACAAGAAAAUACUCUGCCUCUUUAGACCCAACAGUGACAAACGUCUUUCAGCCAUGGUUGCUGGUGCUGUUAAUGUCACAAAUAAUGUUGUCGUUGAAAAAUACGAGGAAAGCCAAGUAUCUGAAAUCUUCAGAAAGUUUUUCUCAUAAAAAUAUUGGGAAAUUCAGGAAAUAACUUAAUCAAGAUGAUGGCUAAGAAGAAAGAACAUUCAGAUUGCCUUGAAGUACAACUCUAUAAACAUGUAUUUUGCCUGUAAAUAUGGCAACUGUGAUCAGGACAUUUCUGGGUACUCAAUGGAGUGGUCUAAGGCUUCUUUUUGGCCCUACUACCCUGGGGAUAAGCCCCAUCCACCUUGGCGUAUUCAACAUUUUAAUGAAGUAUUUUGAUAAUUUUUAACAUGUUAGUGCCCCUUAAAAAUUCCCCACUUGGCCAUAUGUAUGGGGAAAAUGCUGAUAAAUAUCAGGGGCCCCAACUUCAGGCAGUGAGAGCUUGAAGCUGUUAAGCCACAGAUACUGGCUUAUAUCUAAAAAUAUAUUACGGGUUUCUUUUGCAUUAUAUUUGACAUAUCAUAUUGACAACAUUCCAGACAUAUACGUACCAAAGUUACAUUGAUUAUCCAAAGCGUUUAAAAAAAAAACUAAUAGCAUCAUAGAAGCUUGUUAAAAAAAUAAUGGAAAAUAGAAAAAAUACAUUUUCAGCAAAUGGGCAUUAUAAUAAAUAAAAAAUUAAAUGUAAAUGGUAUGUGUUUUGAUAUAAUAAAAGUUACAACUAAGAAACAUAUUUUCUUUUAUACUUUAUUAUACAUUCUGAGAACACAAGGAGCAUCAAACCUUAAUAUACAGUACUAAAGGCUUGAAAUAAUAAAAUAGACAAUUUGUUCUUCAAGUAAAAUAAAAUUUCAAACACACACCUAGUUAUACAUUAAAUCCUGUUAC